AUUUCUACAACCACCAUCAACUACACGAUACUGUCACAUCACUGGGGCUGACACUCAGCUCACGGCCAUGUGGGUCGUCCACGGAGAGUUCGAUGCCAAUGGAGCCAACACAAAGAAGCUCCUCAAGCCAGGAAAGACCUACAAGAUCGGCAGAAAGGCUCCAGCAGACCUGAUCAUUGCUAGCAAGAGUAUCAGCCAGGGAGUCUUUGCCAUUGUUGUAGGUCCUUUCACAGCUGAGCAAGUGCAAGACUUCUCCUCGAGACCCUCUCUCGAAUUCGUCAAUGAGCACGCUAGCAAGGAUAUCGCUGUCAACAGGGGAGGAGGGGCUGCGACGGAGGAUGGCAUGCUCGAGGAAGACGAAGCGAACAGCUACCAGGUCAGACAAGACGGUGGCAGACUCUCAUUGGAAGAUGGAGAUCGCAUCGCUCUCACAUCGAGCAUCUUCAUCAGCGUCAAAUGGCAUCCCUCUGAAUUCUCGUCAGGGGCCAAAGUCUCGGUCACAGAGAUCGAGACAAGGAUACAGCAAUGCACAUUGAUGGGCUGUCAUCUACGUCUCCCCUCCAAAGAAUGGCAGCCCGGCGCAUCGCAUCUCAUUGUCCCACAGAUCAGACUCAUUCCAGUUGUCAUGAUGGCUCUGGCCCACGGAGCGCACAUAGUCAGCCUCGACUACUUUAAUGACCUCUACAUCCAAGGUGUCGAGCGCUCAGCCACCGAACGCGGCUCGCUCGAGAACUCUUUUGACCCACCAGAGCCCCUAGACAUGCUACCUCAAUUGCCAGACGGCUUCUCGUUUUUCGACCAGGAAGAAGCUCCAGGGAUCCUCAAGAGCCAGCCAGAAAGGAGGAAGCUGUUGGUUGGAACCACAUGCCUCUUCAUCCACGCGUCAGACGAGCCGAGCAGCAGCCUCUCGUCGCGCAAAGAGCUCGUCGAAGUCUGCGGAGGACGUGUCCUGGUCUUUUCCUUGUCCUCGUUCGACUUUUCGUCCGAGGUGCAAGCCCAGCGCGAGCUAUCCAAACACAAGGCCAAUGCGCUGUCGUGGUGCUCCUCUGUCACCGAUGGGGCCCCCAAUGCCCCUGACGGAGGGCUCGUUGUGCUGGUUCAAGACGCACUACAAUAUCACGACGAGCCAUGGUAUCGCAACCUCGUCUCCGCAACUCGGGCUGCAGAGAUUCGCAUGCCCGACAAUGGACUGGACGCCGUCGUCACUGCGAUUCUCUACUCCAAUCCACGACAGCACCUCAAUGCCACCGCUUCCAUCUCAGUCUCUCAGAUCCCGGCUGCUUCACAUCAGCUGAUCGAUCCGAGUGUGGCGACCGGUGGAACGGGCGCUCAGGGAGUAGUAGCUCACGCUCAAGCGCCAACACCGUCCGACCCAGCACAAGCGGCAGCUCCGGCAUCUGGCCUCUCGCCACCAAUCCCAACUACCGCAACUGCCGGAUCCUCGGCCCCAGCUGGCCUUUCAAAUGCCUCUGCACCAGUUCAAACGCCUCAAUUUGAUCCGAGUGCUCUCCAGCAGCAGCAGCAGCAGCAGCAGCAGCAGAGCGGCCUCCCUCCCGAGGAUUCAGCAGGCUCUAUGCCGCCCCCAGUAUCAGCGCGACCCAGACGUCGUGCUGGCCUGGCCAAGCCUGUGAACGCCCUCGACCAGCUCUUUGCCGAGCCUAGCGGCUCCAAUCGCUCACAGGCAGACCCGCCAACUGCUCCCGUGGGCUCCAGUCAGGUGGGACCUACAACGCAAGACUCUGCACCAGGCGCCUCCGCCGCGACGCAAAGCGCGGCAUCUUCCUCCACAGUCCCGCAGCGUAGGCGUCGUGCUGGGGGCCAGUCCCGCAUCUCAGACGUCUUUGGCGGGUCGAGCUCGGCGGGUGGCUCGGCAGGUGGGGUUGGUGGGACGCAAGACGCCGAGGGAGACGACAACUUUCGCAAGAGUAAAAGGUUCAGGCACAUGCUGGAUGAGGAGGAUGGGGUCGUGCCCAGUCAGACAGGCGCGAAAGCGAAUCGUGGAGCAGGAUCAGGCAGUGGCUCGCCCGAGGGACAGGAUAGCGCUCUAUCUCAGUCCGCGACGACCAGGGGAGGAGACAUUGAGAUGCAAGCCGCAGACAACGAGGGCGCGGUCGUAGGAAGCGAGUCUUCGAGUCGCUCACGCGAAAACGCACGGGCGAGCAAGCAGCCGGAGAAGCAAGUUGCCGAGUCGCCGGCCUCCAAGACGCAGUCCAAAUCUCACCCCACAACCACGCAAGUGAUCCGUAGCACUCCCGGUCCCCGCGGCAAAGGCGUCGGCGAGAAGCCAGACGAGGAGCCCACCUUUCUCCAGGCUCUCGCGAUGCGCAAGAAAGGCAAGAAGGCGGUAAUAGACGACUUUGACCGCGAGUUUAACAAUCUCAAGCUCACCAAGCCAGCGCGAGGCGUGGAUGAGGACAGGGGGAGAGAUGAAGCGUACGAGGCGUGGGAGGCGACGCGCAUCGAUGAUUGGGAGACGCCCGUGGGUAAUUUUGUACAAGUGGACUUUGUACCGUUGAUGCGCAAAGACGGGAGGGCGAGAGGAGGCAGCGCCGCCGCCAGCGUGGACGCUCCUUCGAAAUGGGCGAAUCUUCCCAACUUCAAGAAGUUCAAACCAAAGGGCAAAGCUGGCAGCGCUCCGCCACAAGAGAAACAGCGGCGCGCACCUGUUCGCAUGGACCUCACUGAGGGGCAGGACUUUGGCCUCGGAGAAGACUACAUGGAUCGUCCCAAGGCCAAAGCAUUCGGUCUCGCUGAACUCGAGCCUGAGGAUGAUGAUACUUUGCGCACGCAUGCGGGAAUGGGCUCGCAGGCUAGGCGGGUGGCUAAAAGCAGUGCGAUGCAAAGGAGCCAAGGAGUCUUCACGGCGCUACAGGAGAGUGAUGAUGAGGAGACGCAGGAGGAUCGUGGUGGGAGAAGAGCGGGGCCUUCUCAGCGUGGCGCUGCGGCGAAAGGUAUGCAGAGUCGCCGUCGUUCUACGCUCGAAGAGGAUGAUAACGAGGAAGAAGAGGACGAUGAUGGCGAAGCAUACCCGGAUCUACGCCUUCCCACCAACACGGGGGACUAUGAUAUGAGCAUCAGUCGCUCGCAGCGACCUCCGACGUCGCGCAAUAAGCGCGGCAAGACCGCCACACAGCUGCGGAUCGACGGCGAUGAUAGCGAGGACGAUGCAGGCGGCGGUGCGCGGGGGCCUGGAUCGAAGCGCACUCACAGUCGCGCUGCUGGCGGAGAUGAUGAUAGCGACUCGGAUGGGGGGUUCAAAGGAUUCGGCGGGGCGAGCAAGUCGCGCUCAGCAACAGCGGCGAAGAGGGCAAGAUUUGCUCGCAAUUGAAUGCGGCAUGGAUGUCUUCGCCCUGUGUUCCCCUCUCAAUCUAUAUCCCUUCACCAU